CCUGCGCGCGCCCUCGCUUCCCUUUCCCCCUCUUGCUUGAGCGGCGAUUCUUUCUUGGCAGAGGGAUGUGGUGCAGGUGGCUUCUGCGACCCCCGCUUUCUCCGGGGCCCCGCAGCCCUUUCAGGGCGCAGUCGGCUUUGGCCCAGCUCAAGCACGUGUUGGAGGGAGAGCUGGAAGGCAUCCGAGGGGCCGGGACGUGGAAGAGCGAGCGGGUGAUCACGUCGAAGCAAGGGCCGCAUAUCCACGUAGAAGGCAGCCGAGGAGAUAUCCUGAAUUUCUGUGCCAAUAAUUACCUUGGACUCUCCAGUCACCCUGAGGUGAUUCGUGCUGGUCUGGAUGCCCUGGAGAAAUAUGGAGCUGGACUUAGUUCUGUCCGUUUCAUCUGUGGAACACAAAAUAUACAUAAGGACCUGGAGGAGAAGAUUGCUCGUUUCCAUCAAAGAGAAGAGGCCAUCCUCUAUGCCAGCUGCUUUGAUGCCAAUGCUGGAAUCUUUGAAGCCCUGCUGACCCCAGAGGAUGCAGUGCUUUCUGAUGAACUGAAUCAUGCUUCCAUCAUUGAUGGGAUCCGACUGUGUAAGGCCAAUAAAUAUCGUUACAAGCACAUGGACAUGCAAGAUUUGGAAAGCAAGCUGCAGGAUGCACAACGUGCACGGUCAUCUUCCCAGAAAUACCGUCUGCGGUUGGUGGCCACUGAUGGUGCUUUCUCCAUGGAUGGUGACAUCGCCCCCUUGAAGGAAAUCUGUAACCUGUCCCAGAAGUACAAAGCUAUUGUUUUCAUUGAUGAAUGUCAUGCCACAGGAUUCCUUGGGCCUAAUGGACGAGGCACCGAUGAGCUCUUGGGUGUGAUGGACCAAGUCGCUGUAAUCAACUCAACUCUGGGGAAGGCACUUGGGGGAGCAGCAGGUGGCUACACAACUGGCCCCAAAGCACUAAUUGACCUUCUGCGCCAGCGUUCUCGUCCUUACCUCUUCUCCAAUAGCUUGCCUCCUGCUGUUGUGGGCUGUGCUUCCAGAGCACUGGAUCUGCUCAUGGAGAGCAAUGCCAUUGCACAGUCAAUGGCUGCCAAGACUACACGGUUCCGAAGCAAGAUGGCAGCAGCUGGGUUCACCAUUUCAGGAAAUAAUCACCCAAUUUGUCCUGUGAUGUUGGGAGAUGCCCGGCUAGCCUCACUGAUGGCUGAUGACAUGCUGAAGAAAGGCAUCUAUGUCAUCGGCUUUAGCUACCCUGUGGUGCCUAAGGGGAAGGCGCGCAUCCGUGUACAGAUCUCAGCUGUUCAUAGUGAAGAAGAUAUCGAUCGAUGUGUGGAGACCUUUAUUGAAGUGGGCCGUAAACAUGGGGCCUUGCCCUGAAUGGCUGGAGAAUUCCAGUCAUGCUAUGGAAUGGUGUCUUUUCUUUCAAAACCUAAGGCUGGAGACACUUUUCUUUUUCCCUAGAGGAAAGGCAGUUUGAAAUGGAGAUCAUUGCUUAUGGCAGGUUCACUUACUUCAUUUUCACCUCACUUUUUUCCAAAACCUCAUUGAGCCAAAUGUGCCUGGGGAGCAAAAGAAAUAUACAUGCAGGAAGGGAAGUAAAGAUCAGGCCACUCUCUGCUCUAGUGUAGGGCAUUCUAUCUCUACUCAAGAAAGAUCAUGUGAGAACCAAUGCCUGGAAGACAGAAUAAUAAUAAAGGCAAUUUUGAGGCUGGCUUCAGGGCAGCUCUUACUACCUCGCAGCAUCCACAAAAGGAAAUGUGCUGACAGAGUGGCUGCAUACUUGUGGCUGUGUUCAUGCUUUAUGGGUCUCUUAAAUAUUGGCUUGUGUUCUUAUCUCCUGCUUAUGUUCUAUAUAGUCCACAUUUUCUCUUUCUUCCAGCUGUGGCUGGAAGAAGAGGAGGAGAGUUUCUGGGCCUGUAAUUAUGUUUCAGCGCCUUAGUAGGGGUUGCUCAGGCUUAUUGAUCCUUUUAGUGGCCCACCAAAUCUCUACCUGUUUCCCUUGCCAGCUGCCUCUGUUCCUCCCAAUGGUUGCCAUAGUUGAUCCCAUAAUACAUUCCAGAAUGUGUGGAUUUAACAACUG